AUGAACCGUGCUAUUCUUUCCUUGGCUAGAAACCAGCAGUUCAUUCGUCGCUCGCUCCACAAGGGAGUCGACUCUACUCCACCACUCCGUUUCACCUCUAUCAGCGAGAAGGUCGCUCUUUACGGACUCAUCUGCGUUGCUUUCAUGGCAUACCCAACUUCCGUCCUCUUCAGACUUGACGAUCUCCGUCCAAGACCAGACAAUGCUCUUGCUCCAGAGGUCCAAGAAGAGAUCGAUGCUCGUGCCGCUGCCCGCAGAAAGUAG